AUGGCUAGCAUGGAACUCACACCUACCGACUUGGAAGAUGAAGGCGACAGGCUCGUCGAUAUUUCCAUUGCCUUCGCCGCCCUGACAACUGUAAUCAUCGGUCUGCGAUACUACGCGAAGCGAUUCACGAGCGUCUCGUUCGGCACCGACGAUGUUUUUCUCAUAGCCGCCUACGUGCUUAAUCUUGGCAUGUGCGCGCUUGGUAUAGUGAUGGUGAAAAUCGCCGGGGUGGGACGCCAUGUGAUCUUCAUUGAGGAGAACAACCCGGCGCUGUUAACGAAGUGGGCCCAGUGCAUCCUGGCCUUCGAGAUCUUGUACUUCUCGAGCGUCGCUAUGCCGAAGCUGGCUAUUUUGUUCCUCUACCUGCGAGUGUUCAACUGGAAGGGUCCUAUGCGCGUCGUGGCGCUGGGUCUCAUUGUUGUCGUGGCCGGCACGGGUCUGGGGCUGGUCCUGACGGCCUGCUUCCAGUGUCGGCCCAUCAACUUCUGGUGGGAUCACACGAUCGUGGGCGGGACAUGCAUCGAUGUGCAAGCCUUCUUCCAUGCGUCGAGCAUCCCGCAAUUUGUGCUUGAUUUCUUCAUCAUGGGCCUGCCAUUGAAGACCAUUUGGGACUUGAAGAUGCCCACUUACAAGCGGCUUGCCCUGGUGUUGAUCUUCAUGGUUGCUAGUUUUGGCGUCGUUGCCUCCAUCAUACGAGCCAAGACCUUCUUUCAGACCUCAGCCUUUUCGGAUAGAACUUUUGCGUCCGUCGAGUUGGUAGGAUGGAGCAUCAUCGAGACGGGAACCUAUAUCAUCGCCACAUGUCUGCCGCAUCUGCGCCCCUUGAUCGUCAAAUACACCCCCCAAUGGCUGAAGGGACUGGUGCACCGAACCAUCGCCUACACGAGCAGCUCGUUUACCACGAGGAAGACCACACAUCGAGCCGAUGACGAGAUUGAGCUGACAGGGAAGACAUUGGUGAAAAGUUCUGCUGGGAAGAGCAUGUUACCAGGCCAGGAUGAUGGAUCGACUUUUCAAAACAGGGACAAGUCGACGGUCAGCACGAAAUCGAAUUUCGAUACGCGGCCGUCUGCCGAUAUUGUCGACGGGAGGCCGUGGAACGACAGUGGGAAUAAUAUCCGAGUCACCAAUGAGGUGACGAUUGAGAGUUUUCGAAAAUCUUCUCAGAACAAGGAGACCUAUUUCUAA